CAACUUGUCUAGCUCCAUUAAAAAGCUCGUUGGUAUUUUUAUGGGGAUUACAAAUUAACUUAGAACUGACAUCUUUAUGAUGUUGUGUGAUCUUAUCCAAGAACAAGGACUGUCUUUCCGUUUGUUCAAGCCUACUUUUAUGUUUUUCAGGAGUUUUGCACAUUUUCUGUUAAGUUUAUUCCUAGGAGUUUUGUCUUUGUCACUAUUAUUAACAGGGUUUUCUCUGCUGUUAUAUUCUGCAACUGCUGAUUGUUUGUAUAUUUGAAGGCAAUUGAUUUCUGUAUGUGUAUGAAUUUAUCCUGCAGGAGCUUUGCUAAGUUUUUUGAAUCUGUAAAUUUAUGUAUUUCAUCAAAUAUGGGAAAUUUUCAGCCAUUAUUUUUGCAAAUAUGGUUUCUGCCCUUCUCUGGGGCUCCCGUUGCACAUAAAAUAGACCUUUGCUGUCACCCUAUGGGCAACUGAGGCUCUGGUCUUAGUAUUUGUUUUGUUGUUGCUGUUGUUGUUUUUAAAUCUCUUUUUCUCUCUGGUGUAGAGUUUAUUUUUAUUAUUUCAUUUGUAUUGAUAUAACAAGUAAGGCUGGUAAGGUUGUGGAUUUGAAUUUUUUUCUGCUUCGCUGCUUUAGAUGCAUACCAUAGUUUCUGAUAUAUAGUAUUUUCACUUAUAGUUUUUAGAAAUUAUUUUAUUUCAGUUUGUAUUUUUGUUCUUUUCUGUGAGUUCAUAGGCGAUAUUACUAAUUUCCAGGUAGACGGGCUUCUUUUAUUAUUUAAUUAAUAAUUUCUAGUUUUAUUAAAUUGAGAUCAGAGUGUUGUUUAUAAUAUUUUAUAUUUUGUGGAACUCACUGAAAUUUUCUUUUUGACUAAUAUGUGAUUCAUUUUUUAAUAUCCAGUGUAUAUUUGGGAAAGUAUUCUCUAUCAUCAGAGUAUAAAGUUCAAUACAUACUGACAAGAUCUCCUUGUUGAUUAUGCUGUUUAGGUCUUUGUGUGUGUAUAUAUAUGUACACACACAUACACACUUAUUUUUGCUUAUUUGAUCUGUUUUAUACUGAGAGAGGUCUUCUAUAGGGUCGUUAUGAGUCGGAAUCUACUCGACAGCAACAGGCUUGGGUUUUUUUUUUUCAUGUUUAAGGAGCCCUGGUGACACAGUGGUUAAGCACUUGGCUGCUAACCUACCAGCCACUCCUCAGGAAAAAGCUGUAGCAGUCUGCUUCUGUAAAGAUUACAGCCUUGGAAACCCUAUGGGACAGUUCUCCUCCGUCCUAUAGGGUCGCUGUGGUUGGGGUUGACUCGACAACAGGUUUUUUGUUUUGUUUUUUUAGUUGUUUGUUUCCAUCACUGUCACAUCCUAUCUCCUGUCAUUUUUGUUUUAUAAUGGUGGUGGUUGUAUCGUUUUGCAUAUAGUCCUAACUGUAGUAUCUUCAUUGUCAAUUAUGGCAUUUAGCAUUAAGAAGUGUCAUUCUUUGUCAGCUUCAAUCUUUUCUUACUUGAAUUCUGUGUUUUCUGACAUCAAGAUCCCCUCCCUUCACCAUCCAGGCAGUGUAACACAGAUUAGUCCACCAAGGUAGGAUAGGCCUGUCCAUCACAGCUUGGUGAAUUAAGCCAUCACCAUGCACUUUGGACAUCAUUCUUCACUUACUACAGAUUGAGAUUUAUUUUAGCGGAUGAAUAGUUUUUUGUUUUUUCAUAAGAUUCUUUAGAACACUUUUACUGUUCUGUUGUUUUCAGGGUUUAGACACCCAGGUAAAUAAUCUUCUACUGCAUUAAAGUUUUAUAAAUAAAUAGGCUGUUUCAAGGUUAUCAUAUUCCAUAAAGGAAUUUCUCUGUUUGUUCUCACAAGUACCAUUGCGGUUUAAAAAAAAAAAAAACAGCUUCACUGAACUAUAACUGAUAUGCUAUAUAAUGCACGUAUUUUAAGUGUUUGAUUUGAGAAAUUUUGGCAUGUGUGUAUACCUGUGAAACCGUCACCGCAGUUAAGAUAAUAAACGUUUUCAUCACCCUUAAAGCUUCUUCAUGGCCGAUUGUAAUCCAUUCCUCUUUCUACCACGGUUCCCAGGCAGUCAUUGAUUGGCUUUGUGGCACUGUAAAUUAGUUUGCAUUUUCUAGAAUUUUAAAUAAAGGCACUUACAUAGUAUAUAUUCUUUUGGGUCUGGCUUCUUUCCUUUAGAAUAAUGAAUUUGAGAUUCAUCCAUGUUGUUGUAUGUAUCAGUAGUUUAUUCUUCUUUACUGCUGAACCAGUCCGUUGUAUGGCUAUACUGACAUUAGGUUUUCCAUUCACGUAAGGGUGGACUUUUGGGUUGUUUGCGGUUUUUGGCUCUUACAAAUAAAGGUGCUGUGAACAUUCUUAUUCUUGUACAAGCCUUUGUAUGGACAUACACUUUCAUUUCUCUUGGGUAAAUAGCAAGGAAUGGAAUGGCUCAGCAGGCAAAUGUUUGUUUACCUUUUUAAAGAAGCUAUCAUAUUGUUUUCUAAAGUAGUUGUGUGUGACGUCCACACCAGCAGUAUAUGAGAGUUUGACUGCUUCACGUCGUUGCCAGCACUCCUUCUUGUUAGUCUUAGUCAUUUUAAGUGCAUUGUCUGAAGCUGGACCAACCUGAGGUCUAGCCUAGCCCUAGUCACUUGUGAUUGUUAUUUUUGUUAUCUUCAUUUUUCCAAUAAAGUCAAAAAAGUCUUUCUUAUAAAAUUAUAGAUGAUUAAGAAUAUAGCAUAUAAUCUUAAAAUCAAGGCUGUCUUAACUCCAGAAAGCAAACUCAUUUAAAAACUACCGUUUAGAAAGCAAAAAGUAUAUGAUCCUGAGGUAGAAUGUGUGUGGGGGUGUGGGUAUAUGUGUGACUCUGAGUAUACGUGUGACAGUGGGUGUGAGCGUGUAUGUGGCUGUGCGUAAGAGUGUGGGUGUGUGGGUAUGUAUUAGUGGGUGUUUAGGCAGGGGGGAGUAUAGUCUGAAACAAAAUGUCUGGGUUCCCCACAGAAAGAAAAAAGAUUACUGUUUCCUCGAAGACGGGAGGUAGGACGGGAGUGGAAAGGUGGAGUGGAGCUUAUGUCUGAAUAUCUCAAUACUGUUAGUAAUCUAGGGAUCCGAGUUACUUGCAGAGAAAAGUAUGAGGGCAGUAGUGUGGACUUGGGAAAGAGGGAAUGCUUUAGAACACUGGUACAGGCAACUGAAAGUGGAGUGAAUAAGAGAAAAAGGAACAUUUUGGAGCUUGUGUAAGGGCAUGUCAUGACUAUAUAUUGCAUUUGGAUAGCCACCUUGGCUCCCUAAUUUCUCUAGCCAUGCUUGGUGUUAUCUCCACCUUUGUCUUGAAUCCCAAGGUGCAAAACGGGAUACCCAGUCAUAUUAGAUUAACAAAGGCAAAUGUUUAAUCCCCACUUCAAGAUAACAUUCUGGGGCCACACUGUUGUUGUGUGCCGUCAAGUCAAUUUUCAACUCGUAGUGACUCCGUGUGAUAGUAGAACUGCCCCCAUAGGGUUUCCUAGGCUGAAAUCUUUAUAGAAGCAGAUGGCCAUAGAAGGCAGGAAAAGCUGACUGUGGAAGUGAAGUAGCAGAUUAACUAGGUCCCCACUUCCCAUUUGAUUUAGACAGUGAAGUAAUAUUUCACAAACUUUAGUAAUAUACAGACCCUUUUAAUAAGAGUUAGUGGAACCCACAGGAUAACUUCAUUUUUAUCAGUAAAAUGUUGUCUAAUUAUGUACAAACAUAAAUAUAAACUCUGCUUAGUAACACUGACAGAAAUACAAGACAAAAACAUUUGGGGAUAUAAAAAUUUUAAAACUAUGAAAUUCAAAUUAAUACUAAUUUACCGGGAAAUUAUGCUUUUUUGCAUAAAUGUGAUUGCUGCUUGACGCCUGCCAGUGGUACUUACUGCUCCUGCAUGGCUCAGAGUCUGUACUGCCAUAUGCCAUGAUAACUCACUUCUCUUGUCCAUUUUCUAUAUUCAAACUACUGCAGGCUGGAUGUCAUCAUCACAAUGUCCAGCUCUAUUUUUCGUUACUAUAUGGUCUUGCUUGAUUGAGAAGCCCUGGUAGCACAGUGGUUAAGCGCUCAGCCGUUAACCAGAAGGUCCACAGCUCCAUGGGAAGAAAAUCUGGUGAUCUCCUCCCAUAAAGAUUACAGCUAAGGAAACUCUAUGGGGCAGUUCUGCUCUGUCACAUAGGGCCGCUAUGAGUUAGAAUCAAUUCUGCAACACACAACAGCAACAACAAAGUGCUUGAUUAUAAAAUAGUCAUCUAGGUGAUUGAAAGGUUUCCAUUUUUUUUCUAGUUUAAACAAGUUAAAUAUACAAAAUUUAAAAAUUUUCAUAAAGAACUCAUGAACACCCAAGAAUAUAUCCUUAGACUCCUGAGACUUAUGUCUUAGUGUUUGUUCUACCCAGUUCUCACACCCUAUGGUUGAUGUGAUGGUUAAGAUUGUGUGUCAUCUUGACUGGGCCAUGAUUCUCAGUGUUUAUAUGUGAUCACUCCCAUGAUGGGAUCUGCCCUGAGUAGCCAGUCAGUUGAAAGGGAGUUUUCUUGGGCAUGUAGCCUGCAUCUGAACAUAAGUGGACGUCAGGCUUUUGCCUGCUCCGGAUCCUGCAGCUGCCUCCUGUUCGUCUGACCUCUGGUUCUUGGGACUUAAGCUAGCAGCUUACCUCUUGACCUUGGGAUUUUUUUGAUCUUCACAGCCUGUGAGCAAGAGCCCUGCUCACCAACCUGCCACCGAUCUUGGGUUCUCCAGUCCCUGCAGUUACGUGAAUCAGGACAAGCCUUUCUCCUGAUCCACGGACUUGGGACGUUCCCAGCCUCUACAGUCACAUGAGCCAUUUCCUUAUAUAAAUCUCUCGCUAUAUGUAUUUAUACACUUUACUGCUUUUGCUUCUCUAAAGAACCCAGCCUAAGACAGUUGACUGCUUGGCCAUAAUUAGGUAUUUAGAGGCAGAGUCAAUUCUCCCAGAUCAAAUCAACCAAUAAAUUUUAUUGCAAUUCCAAUAAGAAUCUCAGUGGUUUUAAAGUUCAACAAGAAGAAUAAGUGAGAGGGAAAUUUUGUAGUAACUCCUCUCUAUUCCCUCUCAACACACACGUACCAUCAUCUGCAUUAAAAGAUAAAUGACAAACUUGAAAAGCAUUAAUUGUCACCUAGGACAGACAUUUAAUGCUGUCCUGAAUGUCCUUCAUACAUAAAAAUAACACCCCAGUAUCAAAAUGAUCAAGGGACACAAUCAGGCAGAUUACAGAAGAAGAAACAAGUGGCCAGAAAACAUUUAAAAAUAUGCCCAAACUCAUUAGUAAUUUUAAAAGAGCAAAUUAAAAUACGACAUCAGAUUGGUAAAGUUGAAAACAAUUCGUAGAUAGUAUCUAGUGUCAGCAAGGUAUGGUGAGAGGACAUUCUUCCACACACUUGGUAAGAGUGUAAAUUGGUGAACCUUUCCAGAGACCGGUUUCCAUAAGGUCAGUAUUUACCCUUAAAAAGUAGCUGGGAAAGUAUAUAUUCACCCAAAGAUCGUUACAGCAUUGUGUAUAGUACUGAGCGGAUAGACUGGAGAGGCCCCUGCAUGUCAGUCAGCAGAGCUUUUGUUAAAUCAGUUAGGUGCCGCUGUGUGGUAGAACACUGAGCCGCGCUUUAUGCUGGUGAUCGCGAGUUGUAUGUUGGCAUGCAGUUCACGUAUCCCCCAAGCCUGAAGCUUUAGGGGAUGUGGUUGGGAAGUGUAGAAUGUGUGUAUGGUAUAGUGUCUAGUGCCUGAGUCUGUGUUUGUGUUUUUUACAUGCCAGAGAAACCCAAAUCUAGUGAGCGCACAGCCCUAGAGGAUACCCCAUAACCCGUUGCCGUCGAAUCGAUUCUGACUCAUAGCGACCCUGUAGGACAGGGUAGAACUGCCCCAUGGGGUUUCCAAGGCUGUAAUCUUUACAGAAGCAGACUGCCACAGAGUGGCAGAGUGCUGCAGGGUGGCUAGUGGGUUCAAACCGCCAACCUUUUGGUUAGCAGCUGAGCGCUUAACUGCUCUACCACCAGGGCUCCUGUGGAGGAUUCUAGGCAAGGGAAACCCUCCCAGAAAUGAGUCCUGACAAACCACCAUUUUGGGCGAGCCCAGCGUGCCUGUGCAGGGUAUUUUGUAUGCAUUUUCCCAGUCAUUGAAAACAGCUGCUAUUACUAUUACCGUUACAUUUCUAUAUGAGGCAGCCUGCUUUUCCAAGAUCUCACAGCCAUUAAAUGGUGUAACCAGGACUCAUGCCGAGUUAUUUUUAACUCUAAAGCCUGUGUUCCUUCUACAAAACCAUCCUGCCUCAAUACCUCAUAAAUCCAUCUGUGGUGUUAUCAUCCCCCUGAAAUUAACUAACUGAUUUUUAAUACAUGUCUUUGAAAAUCAUGUGUAAAAUUAGUAAAACAGAAAAAACAUGUACAGGCCUUUCCUUUUGGUGAAAAGAGUCCUGGAGUCAGAAGACCUGGAUUAAAGAGAUAUACUUACCAGCAAAGUGACUUGAAAGCGUGUCAUUUCAUUUCUGAACUGUAGUUUAUUUAAUUCUUUUAUAAAAGCAUAAGUAUCGUUACAUGUUGUCCCAUUCCUCAGAGCUGCCGAGGACUUGAAACCUGUACAUGAAACCUGUGAGAGCCGGAGCGCGAUGGGGCUGCUUUGUUUUCCAGGUCUCGAAAGUUUUCUGCCUUUGACACGAUGUAGUCACCACUUUUCUGUCGCUCUCUAUUUAGUGGAAAAUAUUUGAGUUUUCCUUCUCUGACAUGUUUCCAUCUUUACAGAGAUUUUAGUUUUGAUGGUGAACAGUUGUUGGCUUCUUAUUGAGGGUUUCUUAUAUACCAAACCAGAAAAACCAUUUGCCAUCAGGUCAGUUCCAGCCUCGUGUGCAGAGUAGAACUGCGCUGCGUAGGAUUUCCAAGGCUGACCUUCCAGAAGCAGAUCACCAGGCCUGUAUCCCAAGGCACCUCUGGGUGGGUUUGAACUGCCAACCUUUCGGUUAGUAGUCGAGCACUUAACUGUUUGCACCAACCAGGGACACUUUUGCUGCAUUCAGUUCACUCUUAUUAUCUUGCUGUUUUUUUCCUCAAAAAAAGAAACAUUGGCUUACCAUCUUGCAGAUCAGGCAUUCUCAAUGGAGGCAAAAAUUGGUUCAGAGGUAUGCUUUUUAUGUAUAAAGCUCAGAUAUACAUAUACAGUUUAUCUGUGGUAUUAAAAUUUCAUGGGAGGCAAUGUGGACAAAACGAUGUAAAAAGUCUCUGGGGGGGCAAAAACGUAAAAAAGGUUGAGAAACACUAUUACAGAUAGUUUUCUUGUAAUUGGCACUGCUGACCUCAACACCACACUGACGACACAGUGUGGUGAACUCUAUGUAGAAUCGAUGCACAUUCCAGUCUUUGUUUGAAUGUGACCCUCUUAAGGAGCCCUCGUGGCACAGUAGUUAAGCACUCAGCUGCUAACCAAGCGAUCAGUGGUUCAAACUCACCAGCCGCCCCACAAGAGAAAGACGCGGCAGUCUACUUCCAUAAAGAUUACAGCCUUGGAAACCCUAAGGGGCAGUUCUCUGUCCUGUAGGGUCACUAUGAGUUGGAAUCCACUGGACAGUAACAAGCAACUUUUCACUCCCCGCCCCCCUUCUGUCUGUGCUAAACCUUCAGAGCUGUAGUCAUUGCAUUCCUGCUACAUUCCAUAAGUAGGGAAGUCAUCUCAGAAUUCAAGGAAGGCUGAUCCGAAGAUACAUAAUCUAAGGAAAGGUCUUUAUUAUAAAUCUUCCAGCCAGCUUAUCUGUAUUGAUAUGUUUAUAAAUAACCAUAACAUUGGAAGCAGAGAAGGGACUUGAAUGACGGUUUUUAAGCUGAUGAAGUGUAUUCUGCCAUCCCUCAAUUUGGUACCAAGAGAGUGGGGCGCUGCUCUGACAGAUACCUAAAUGUGGAAGCCGUUUUGAAACUGUGAAUGGGUAGAAUUGCAACAGCAGCAGAGAAGUGGCGACAGCAGAGAACCAGCAAAACAAGGAGACCAGUGCAAGCAGACCCACAGAGCGAGACAGCUGAGUACCUGUGUGCAGGAGGCUUCCUGGCAGAGUGGGGUGCCUCUGGGCACUUAUUGGUGGAGCUGGCCUUGCUGACCCACAGAGCUAGAGAGCUGAGUGCCUGUGUGCAGGAGGCUUCCUGGCGGAUUGGGGUGCCUCCAGGCACUUAUCGGUGGAGCUACAGAGCUUUGGAACACUUGCCCCAGCAGGGCAGAUAUAGGCGUGAGGCCCAAGGAGCUGAGGGGCCAAGAAACUAGGAAGCAGAAGCUGAAGAGACAAAGAACACAAGAAGCCGAGCUGCCUCAGUCUUAAAAGGUAUGGCCAUGACCUCAGGGGUUUCAAAGGGUGGAGCCCUGGCCUCUGGUGUUCCCAAGGGUAGAGUUGCCGCACGUAUGGACUAGGAGAAUGGUGCGCCUAAAGCCAGGGGAGCAGAGUUGCUAUCUCAGUGGGCCAGGAAGGCAGAGGUGAAGCCCAGGGCCCAGGGGACCUCCACUCAGAAUUCAGAGAGUGUGGCCAAUACCUCGAGUCUGGAGGGCAGGGCCAUUGUGUAAAUUGUCUCAGAGAACAGAGGAUUAUUUUCAAAGCUUUCAGGGUUAAUGUAAUGUGUUCUGCUGAUUUACUUGGUGCCUGUUAUGCCUUCUUUCCCUUUAGUUUCUCCCAUUUGUAAUGGAAAUGCCUAGCUUGUGCCUAUUGUGCCAUAGUACCCUUGGAAGCAGAUAAACUUGUGUUCUAGGUUUCACAGAUGAAGAAGAAUUUUUGAAUUUUGGACUUGGAGUUAAGAUUUUUGCUAUGAUAUGAUGGGGUGAAUGUUUUGCAUUUUGCAAGGAUGUGAUUUUGGGGGGGCCAAAGGGUAGAAUGUCAUGGAUUAAAUUAUGUCCCCCCAAAAAUAUGUGUAUCAACUUGUUUAGGCCAUGAUUCCCAGUUUUGUGUGGUUGUCCUCCAUUUUGUGAUUGUACUUUUAUGUUGAGAGGAUUCGGGUGGGAUUAUAACACCAUCCUUACUCAGAUCACCUCCAAGGUAAAGGGAGUUUCCCUGGGGUGUUGGCCUGCACCACCUUGUAUCUCUCAAGAGAUAAAAGGAAAGGGAAGCAAGCAGAGAGUUGGGGACCUCAAACCACCAAGAAAGCAGCACGAGGAACAGAGCCUGUCCUUUGGACCCGGGGUCCCUGCACCUGAGAAGCUUCUCAACCAUGGGAAGAUUGAGGACAAGGGCCUUCCUCCAGAGCCAACAGAGAGAGAAAGCCUUCCCCUGGAGCCGACACCCUGAAUUUGGACUUUUAGCCUACUUCACUGUGAGGAAAUAAAUUUCUCUUUGUUAAAGCCAUCUGCUUGUGGUAUUGCCGUUAUGGCAGCAUUAGAUGACUAAGACGGAAUGGAUUAUCCUCACUAACGAUUUGGGCUGGAGGGGACAUAUGGCCUCAGGCACGUUUACAGAGUCACAGCACUUCAGUGGAGUGGUGCUACUAUGACUUGAAGACCCAACUUGGCAUGGGCUCUGAAGUAUGUCCUCUGCUCAUCCUGCCAGUUGCCCCCAUCCAGCACGAAGUUCUUUUCUCUCAGUCUAAGCAGAGGAUAAUCAGCAAACCAUCAAAUAGUAAAAUUACAGUCCCCAAAAGCCUUGCCAUGGUGGCAGUUCACAUCUUCAGAGAAAGCAAGCACAAGAGCGUAUACUGUACAUGCCAGUCAUGUCUGCCUGUAUUCUAGGGUGCAGGAUAAUAAGCACAAAUUACAAACUAAAUAGUUCACUUAUUAAGCUGAUUUGCGCUGUUGCAGUAUUUAGUUAUGCUACAAUACUUAAUUACACAAAUUACUGUUGCUUUCCUUUAAAAUCUUACAACUUUAGAAAUGUCAGAAAAAUUUACUCCUUAUGAAACAGUGGUUUGCUUCAGGGGCCCAUUUGUUAAUCUGUUUCCAUCUUAAGUACAGUAUUUUAAUAUGUUUGUAUUUAAAAAGUGAUAAAAAUGAAGGACUGUUAAGGUAUAAUGUCUGAUUUCAGUGCUAGUACUCUUUCUCAUUGUUUAUUGAAAAAAUUUUUUAAUUAACUGUUGGGAUUUACCGUAAGCAUUGAGGAACGCUAUAAAGGCAUGAUGGUUUGUACUGGUGCUUAUAAUGUUAAAAAGGAGAAAAUUAAGGAAUAAUUAUGUAUUUUAUUAAAAAUAUGGUACCCUUUUACACAGGGAAUACAGGACGGAGAGGAGGAGUGUGCUGUCGCAUUAGGGGGGUUUAAGCUAGGGUUACAUAGCAAGAUAUGUGUAAGUUUUUAUAGGAGAGAUGGCCUUGAUUUGUAAACUUUCACUUAAAACAGUAAGUUAAAAAUACAGUACCCUUAAAAAAAAAAGUUGGUGUAACCUAGACUGGAAUUCCCCCCCCCCCAAAAUGUAUCCAGUCUAAUUGUGUGCAUGAAUUGUGUAAUACUGGGGCUCCCGAGUCAUAUGAAGGAAGCCCCAGCAUGUACCCUCAUUCACUUCAGCAACUAGCUGCUGAGCACCUGUUACAGACGAAGUGCUGAGAUGGAGAGGGUGAAAAGGAGAGGUUCUCUGUCUCAAUGUCAGUGUCAAGAAUAGGACUCAAUACUUAACACUCAUUACUUUUGAAUGUUUUCACCUCGGUGAGACAUUGCCCAGUCGGUAAUAUUCUCAGGUUUUUCCUUAUUCAAAUACAGUAUCAUCAGAGCAAUAUUCUUUUUAUCAGUACUGUUGUAAGCAUAUAUUGACUCUGCCAAGUUUUUGUGUAGGUCCCCUGAGUCGUGUUUGUUUGUGUUCUAAUUCCCUAAGGCCUUUUCUUGGAUUGUUCGUAGUCUCUAAGCCAUACCGUUUUUCUCACGCUUGUUAAAUGUCUGUGCUUGGGGUGGUGGGAAAAUUGACUUGAUUUAUGAUAGUCUCUUUCAUACUAAAACAGCUCUUUUGAAACAGCAUACGCAUUAACACUGUGGAAGAUUUAUCAUAGCAGAAGUGACUUUAGGCGCGUAUCAUUGGAAGUUAAAUGUCACUCAUGAAAUAGAGCCAAAUGACAGUGAAGAUGACAUAGCACACACAUAUAGUAAAGAACAAGGGCAAAUCCACUGGAAAGCAAUUCAUGCGACAACUGUAGGGCUUCUCUUAUUCUUUUUAAAAUUUGGGUCCUGCAUGUCUCCUCCCUCUCGCCCUAAUUCAACCCAGAAGACAUUACACUGCCCAUUCAGAGUGGGAGUAGGGGUGGCAGACCAGUAUAGGGCUUCAGAGCCCACGUAGGGUGAGGAGGGUUUGGCUAUGGCAGUGGCAGCGGUGGGAUGAAUAGUAUGUUUGUGAGUCAGAUGGCAGGAGACCAUAGGAGACAGGUUUCUCACUGUAGAAGAAGGAAGUUACAGUAGAGCAAAGGGAGAAUGGGCCUUGUGGUAUUAGAUUGGAAUUGGAGGCAUCUGAGUGAACUCCUGGUUUUCAGUAUAUAUAUAUAUAUAGAUCUGUAUCUACAUCUACAAACAUAGAUAUGAAUGUGUAUCCAUAUGUUUAUUAUAGACACACACACAUAUACUCACAUGCAUAUACCCUAGCGCUCUCUACAGGGAAGGCCUGGGAACAGUGAUACCAUAAUAGCAAUGAGCACACCUAGCAUUUACGCUUUGGUUUAUAAAUACCUUUGUCUAGUAAAAGGAGCCAGGGCUACUUGGAGAAAUGGCUGGGACAGGAAAAAUACGAAAUGAGCCUGGAAUAUCCUGUUGUGCCAGAAAGUAAAAAAGUACUCAGAGAAUGAUAGGUAAGAACAAGAAGCUGAAGCCAGCUUGAAGGGACUCCCACUGGCCAAAUCUGGGAUAAAGUGAGCACAAAAUCGAUAAUGAUAGCAUUAAUGAUAUAAUAGGAAUCCAUGAGUCCAUGCUGAUAUAAAUAAAUAAACAGGGUGAAGAGAAUUCUUUUCCUUGCAGUAGGAUGUGUCACCAAUAAAUGUAGCAGGAAUGAUGGCAUUUUAUAAAUCACCAUUUGGCAACCAUCAUAGCAAUAAAUAAUUCAGCCAAGAACAUCAAUGCAUUAGUUUCAGAGUAGCUCAACACACAAUACUGGAUUACAAAAGAAAAAACUUGAGAAACCUGGCAGAUCCCAUCUUCAUCAGUUGGUGAAAAUGAACUUCAUCAGUACCAUGGGAUCAGUUGAAUUUCUACCACCUGGUAGAAUACAUCAUCACUUCUGUGGGAGUCCUGCCAAAAAUGCAUAACCAGAAUCUAAUCACGAGGACACAGGAGACAAACUCACAUUGAGGGUAAUUUACUACAAAAUAACUGACCUGUAGUCUUCAAAAUUCAAGAAAAGAAAAGUCAGGGAAAGACUGAGAAGCUGUCCAAGAUGGAAGGAAACUAAGACUAGACAACUCAGUGCCGUACAUGAUGUGGGUUUGGAUGCUUUCGCUGUAAACGAUGUUGCUAGAGCACCUGGUGAAACUUGAGAGCAGCCUGUGAAUUAGAUGGUAGUGACAUAUCAAUGCCAGCCUCCUGACACUGAUGGUUCUACUGUGGUUAUACAGGAGAAUAUUCUUGUUUGUAGGAAUUAGCACACCAGAGUACUUGGGGUAAAGAGGUCCCAUGUCAGGACCUGCUCACAGAUAGUUCAGGAAAAAAAUGCUCUGUGAAUUUGGAAUUAUUUCAGAAAUAAUAGCAAAGUAAAUGUUCUUUCAGGCAUACUCACUGCUAGAGAAAUUAUUAUUUCCUUUCAAAGCUAUAAAGGCAAGACUCUUUUGAUAUAAAGCUACAACAGAACAAUGUGUUUCUUUAUUGGGAUUUUGAUAUUUACCGGAUAUAAAAAUAAUCAGCUUGCUAAAGAUCCUUAAAAGAGAACUUAAAAAAAAAAAAAACACUCAGCACACACAUACGCGCGCGCACAUACACACCCACACUGAUAUUAAAGUGACUGAUGUAGUUGUGUGGCCACUCAGGUUUGUAGAUUUAUGGCCUGAAAACAGUUGGGAAGGAUUUAAAAGCAACAUCCUGAAAAAGAGGAUGUUGGAGCUUACUGUUUUUGCUGUUCUUUUUGCAAAGUAAUUUAGAAUAUAGGCCUGGAGUUGGGCUGCCUGCUUUGGAAUCCUUGCCGCCACUUAUGAGACUUCGGACAAAGUAUUUGAUUUCUCUAGUUCUUAGUUUUCUCAUCUGUAAAUCAGGAUAAUAAUAUUGAACUCACAGUCUGUCAACAGGGUAAAUAAAAAGCACUUAGACUGUGCCCAUCACACGUUGUUAUUGGGUACCACAGAGUUGAUUUUCAACUCGUAGCAACCCCAUGUGACAGAGUAAAACUCCCCCACAAGGUUUUCUAGGCUGUAAACUUCUGAGAGCAGAUUGCCAGGUCUUUCACCCACGGAGCUGCUGGUGGGUUUGAACUGCCAACCUUUUGAUUAGCAGCUGAUUGCUUAACUGUUGUACCGCCAGGGCUUUAAAUUUGACUGCUCUUAAAAAAAAAAAAGUUGAUGGCUAUUGUUAUUGUUAGUUCAUGAAAAGUUAAAAGGUAUUCUAGUAUGAUUGUUAGUUUCCUUAUCUCUCAUCAGGAGUAUAAUUACUAGGAGGCUAUAAAAGUUACGGCCUCUACUGUUAAACCUGUCCUAAAAUCAAGCUACAGCCUGGAAAUGGGGCCUAUCCUAGAAGACAGCCGGCUGAAUGCCACGCAAGUGAAAGAACUUGGGGUUUGGAGACCUAAGACUUUGGUUAAAUUCCAGACCUUCACUUACAAGCUCUGUGACUUUGGUUUGGCCUGUAAAAUGUCUAUAAUGUACAAGUAAUCAGAGAGAUCACAAAGGGCUGUUAGGGAUUAAAUGAGAUAAAUUUCGCAAAACAUAGAAUAAAGUGACUGAUAUCAAGAAUGUCGUCAAAAAAUGAUGGUUAUUUUUAUUACUUCUUUAAAAACGACGGGAGUAGUUAAUUUACAAGAAUAAAAGCCUUAGGAUCAGAUAUAGUAGCAAAAAAUUUGAGGGCAUUUUUGAGAAGUGUGAUAAGCUCGUCACUAUUUGUUUCUGCAGAGGUUUGGACGACCAAGGAUGGGCUUAAAUAGCUUCAGAAGGAAUUUCCGUUGACAAGAAGCAUGUCGUGUGUUACGUAAUCUUGUUCUCCAGAGACGCUGGAGAAGAGUAGAUAAGUGUCCUUCUGGAACAGCACGGGUUUAGUGCACACCAGCCUUGGAACCAGGGACAGAGGACAGAUUGCCUCACCCGGUCUCCUGCCUCCUUCCCAUCUAUGUUUAAACGGUGAAAAGAAUACUGAUUUUCCAGGGUGUAAAUAUGUAAGCCUUUCUUUAUUCCACAAGAGGAUCCUGUCAGGUUCACAUUCAAAACAGACCUGUAGAUUUUCUUUUAAAGAAAAUUUUCUUCCUUUCGAGAACAUCAAGUUGUCCAUCUAAAAUGAGUAGCACUUGGUUACUGACCUGGGACUUCUUUCGAACACUGAGUAUUACAAGUUUUGUACCUUCUUCUGUUUUAAUUUCAUUCACUCAUUCAUCCAACAAAUAUUGACUGCGAAUUCCCGAAUAUCCCACGGUGAACGUGGCCGCUGUGUAACCCCGUGUGUUUCAGAGCAGAACUGCGCACCAUAGGGUUCUUCAGUGGCUGGGAUCUUUUACAAGUAGAUCACCAGGCCUUUCUUCUGAGAUGCCUCUGGGAGGAUUUGAACUGCUAACCUUUCUGUUAGCAGCCGAGAGUCGGAAUCACCUUGAUGGCAGCUAACAACAACAACAAUAUUCCAGGCACUCUGCUAGGUCCUGGUUUUAAAAAGUGAACAAAGUGAAUCCUUCAGGGAACAGGAUUCACAGUCUGCUGCCCCUCUAAUCUCUGAUGGGUGUAAUGGAAUCUCUUUGAACCAAUUAAAAAAAAAAAUCAGAUGCUGUUGGCUACAGCUACAGAUAAACAUAUAUUUUGUGUAUGUGAAAACUGAGGUUUGCCUCCACAUUUUCUAGAACCAUACCUCGGGAUUUCCGUCAUGCAGCAUCCCUCGUGUGUGAGCAGCGCAGUCUGUGACUUGCAGGAGAGGUGCCCGUUGCUGGCUGAAUGUUACAAAAUAGAGGCUCUCUGGGUCUCUAUGUGCAGGAGAGAUUUUUCCUUAGAAAACCACGGCAAUGCUGACUCUCUCAGCCGACUAGUGGCACAGCGGAAAACUGCUGCUCAGAGCUGAACUGCCAGAGGAAGCAAGCUGCAGUUACAGUCCAUUGCCCUAUUACAAAGAGCAGUGCCUUCGCUGGGGAGAGCCGUGCAGAGCAAAAAGUACAGCACAACAGAACUUUGGUGCUGAAAUGACCCUGUUUCUCUCCCAGUAUGCUAGGAGCGUGUUUAUUCGGUGUGGUACCUCUGCUAAGACCUGCUUCCUUCAGAUGCCCAAGCCUGCCGCAUGUUUAGCUGGAGAACUUAAUGAGUAAUGUGCUUGUCUGGCUGGUAGAAAGUAUUUCCACAGCCUGCGGCUGUGUUUAUAGAGAGCCCGAGAGACCACAGGCAGCAAUUUGUCUUCUUCGGUAUCAGCAGAGUCUUCUCUCUUAACAACUCGAGGAUUUAUUUUUAACUGCUUGACUCAGUGUUUGUCAGAUGAUUCGGACCAUCAAACUGCAGAUUGAAGUCCUCAGCGCGGGGGAAGCUGGAAUGGCACAGGAAAGGGGGCUGGCUGGGAAAAGGGGUGGGAUUUCAGAGUCGUGCCUCCAAGGCUCUGCCUCCCAACGUGGGAGAGAGUUGAGGGCUUCCAGCAGCACGAGUGUAUUUGCAGGUCAAGCUGGGAACUAGAAGGUAAUGGCUGCCUUCUGCUGCUUAAAGACAUAAUUGUCCGAUGAUUGGGAUAUUGUGAGCAGGAACCAAGGACCCAGGGACCAGGAUUCUCAGCACUGUUGUCUGCUGUUCGGCAAAUUGAGCUUCUCUUCUGCUUAAUGCUGCCUGACUCUCACCAUGAUCGAUAGCUCCAAGAAGCAGCAACAGGGCUUCCCAGAGAUUUUAACUGCUGAGGAUUUCGAACCAUUAAAAGAAAAGGAAUGCCUUGAGGGGAGCAACCAGAAGAGUCUCAAGGAAGUGCUCCAGCUGAGGCUGCAACAAAGGAGGACAAGAGAACAACUCGUGGACCAGGGCAUCAUGCCACCUUUGAAGAGCCCAGCGGCAUUCCAUGAACAGAUAAAAAGCUUGGAACGAGCCAGAACUGAAAACUUUCUGAAACACAAGAUUCGGAGCCGACCAGAUCGUUCUGAACUUGUCAGGAUGCAUAUUUUAGAAGAAACAUUUGCAGAGCCAUCCCUACAGGCUACUCAGAUGAAGUUGAAAAGAGCUCGACUAGCUGAUGAUCUGAAUGAGAAGAUUGCUCAAAGGCCUGGUCCUAUGGAGCUGGUGGAGAAAAACAUCCUUCCUGUAGACUCCAGUGUUAAGGAAGCAAUUAUAGGCGUUGGAAAGGAGGAUGACCCCCAAACUCAGGGCGAUUUCUCAUUUGACGAAGACAGCAGUGAUGCUUUGUCUCCGGACCAGCCGGCUAGCCAGGAGUCGCAGGGGUCAGCUGCAUCCCCAAGUGAGCCAAAAGUUAGUGAAUCACCAUCUCCUGUGACUGCAAACACUCCAGCCCAGUUUACUUCAGUGCCCCCAGCAGUUCCUGAAUUCUUGAAAACUCCUCCUGCGGAUCAGCCUCCCACAAGGUCCUCAGCUCCCAUCCUUCCCACAAACUCUGUGUCCUCAGCAAAACCUGGGCCAGCACUGGUAAAGCAAAGCCAUCCCAAGAAUCCAAAUGACAAACACCGUAGCAAAAAGUGCAAAGACCCCAAACCACGGGUGAAGAAGCUGAAGUACCACCAGUACAUUCCACCAGAUCAGAAAGGUGAGAAGAACGAGCCGCAGAUGGAUUCCAACUACGCCCGCCUGCUCCAGCAGCAGCAGCUAUUCCUGCAGCUGCAGAUCCUGAGUCAACAGCAGCAACACUACAACUACCAGACCAUCCUACCUGCACCACUCAAGCCACUCAAUGACAAAAAUAACAACAGUGGGAAUUCAGCUUUGAACAAUACCACGCCUAGCACACCAAGACAGAGCACAUCUGUUCCUGUGAGAAAGCCAGGCCCACUGCCUUCCAGCUUGGAUGACUUAAAGGUAUCGGAACUGAAGACAGAACUGAAGUUAAGGGGCCUGCCAGUGUCAGGCACCAAACCUGACCUCAUCGAACGCCUGAAACCCUACCAGGAAAUGAACAGCAGCAGUGUUGCUGCUGGCAGUAUCGUGGCAGUGUCCACUCCUGCCAUCGUUACCAGUAACCCAGAAGUCACCAUGGCCUUGCCGGUCACAACAGUACACAGCUCUGUGACUAGCUCAGUCUCCACACUCAAGGCAGAGUUACCAUCCACGGGACCCAGCAACACAGCCCACGUGGAGAGUGCUAAUUCGCCUCUGCCCAUCUCGCCGUCCCCCUCCGAGCAGUCCAGCCUCAGUACCGACGACACCAACAUGGCAGACACCUUCACCGAGAUCAUGACCAUGAUGUCUCCUUCGCAGUUCUUGUGCUCAUCGCCCCUGAGAGUGACAAACGCUGAAGACAGCUUAAGUCCCACCAGCAGCACUCUGUCCAGUCUGGAACUGGAUGCUGCUGAAAAGGACCGCAAGCUUCAGGAGAAGGAGAAGCAGAUCGAAGAGCUAAAAAGGAAACUGGAACAAGAGCAGAAGCUCGUGGAAGUACUGAAAAUGCAACUUGAGGUUGAAAAACGAGGGCAGCAGCAACAGCAGCAGCAGCAGCAGCAGCGGCCACUAGAACCCCAGCCCAGUGCACCAGCUAGCUCUGCCAAUAAGUUAGAUCAGAAGCACGCCAGUGUUGCUUCUGCCGUCAAAGACGAGGCCUCGCUCCCUGACUGCUCAAGCUCCAGGCAGCCCAUCCCUGUCGCCAGCCAUCCUGUGGGCCAGCCCAUCUCUACAGGUGGCCAGAGCCUUGUUGCCAAAAAGGCUGUAGUUAUCAAGCAAGAAGUCCCUGUGGCCGCAGCGGAGCAGCAGAGCCUGGUCUCGCAGUUUUACGUGAGUUCCCAGGGACAGCCGCCACCCGCCGUGGUCGCUCAGCCCCAGGCUUUGCUGACCACACAGACUGCUCAGCUGCUGCUCCCAGUGUCCAUCCGGGGCUCGAGUGUCACUUCUGUGCAGCUCCCAGUUGGCAGCCUCCAACUCCAGACUCCACCACAAGCCGGAAUCCAGCCUCAGCCUCAAAUAGCAACUGCUGCACAAGUACCAACCGCUGCCUUGUCGUCAGGCCUGGCCCAGCCUGCUCUUCAGAAACAAGACACUUUCCCACGGCACGUGCUUAACCAGCCUCAGCAAGUUAGGAAGGUUUUCACAAACUCAGCAUCACCUACAGUUCUCCCAUACCAGAGACAGCCUGCUCCAGCAGUCCAGCAGCCUUUUAUUAGUAAGACAUCCAGCAGCCUUCUCCAGUCCAGAAACGCUCCACUCCCAUCAGUGCAAAACGGACCUAACCCUCCCAGCAAGCCUAGUUCACCCCCGCCACCUCAACAGUUUGUUGUCCAGCACUCCCUGUUUGGUAGCCCGGUCACCAAGACAAAAGACCCUCCCCGCUAUGAGGAAGCCGUCAGACAGACUCGCAGCGCACAGUCCUCCCUUCCAGAGAUUUCCAAUGCACACAGUCAGCAGAUGGACGACCUCUUUGACAUCCUCAUCAAGAGUGGAGAGAUUUCUCUCCCUAUAAAAGAAGAACCUUCUCCAAUUUCCAAAAUGAGACCAGUGACAGCCAGCAUCACCACAAUGCCAGUCAAUACAGUGGUGUCCCGGCCGCCACCCCAAGUCCAAAUGGCACCACCUAUGUCCUUAGAACCUAUGAGCAGUUUAUCUGCCAGUUUAGAGAACCAACUAGAAGCCUUCUUGGAUGGGACUUUACCUUCAGCCAAUGAAAUCACUCCACUACAAAGCAGCAAUGAAGACAGAGAGUCCUUCUCUCUGAUCGAGGACCUCCACAAUGACCUGCUGAGUCACUCAAGCAUGCUGGACCAUUCACACUCACCCAUGGAAACUUCUGAGGCCCAGUUUGCUGCCAGUACUUCCUGUCUGUCACUUGACCUUUCUGACACAAACUUGGACAACAUGGAGUGGUUAGACAUCACAAUGCCUACCACGUCAUCAGGACUCACCCCUCUCAGCGCCACCACUCCAAGUAUGUUUUCUGCUGACUUUCUAGACACACAAGACCUGCCGUUGCCCUGGGACUAAAGUCACAGAUGUCCAAUCUUAGAGUUCAUGAGGUUUAAAAACAUGAAAACGAUUCUCCAAGGUCAGUUCUUAGAGAUAGAUCCAUAGUUGCAUCGCUGCAAUUAAAAUGUGUUAUCACAGAAAAAAUGAGAUAGAAGGUCAUAGCCUGGAAACAAGUCUGAAAACCUUGCACUGCACUUGGCAGUGAACUUCUACGAUUUAACAUAGCAGAGGGCCUUCUGAAAAUACAUGAGUCAAGGAGGACUCAUCUGUUGCUCCAGACUUCAGUAAAGAUGAAAAGUACCUUUAGAUGAAAACAUAGAGAAGAGUGAUGUAUGCAGGAAAAUGACAUUAGGAUUCUCUAGUAAUCAACUACAUUUAAACCUCUGUGGUCACUUUACGAAAGACAGACAGCUCCACUCAAAACCUAAGGCUGGUGUGAGGGAGGUGAGAGAUCACUACAUUUGAUAUUUUCCUAGAGGUGGCCUGAGCCGAGCCCAAGACCCAGCGGGGCCAGAGGCAGUGGAGAGCGCUGGCCGGUUGAGUGACAUGACACAUCCAGCUGAUGACUUUGGGUUCCAUUCAGAAACUUGUGUACUUUUUGUGUGUGUGUUGUAGUUUAUCUUGUGAUUUUUGGGAUCUUCCUUUAGAUUCCCAAAUUUAAAUUUAAGUGGAAAAUCUUUCACCAUAAGCAGAAGGUGUCUACAAAAUACUGUCAUAAGCAAUCCACUGUAAAAAGUCCAGGUAUAUUGGUAACACUGAAAAUUCUAUUAACAGCCUUCUGGGUUGAUUAGUUUAAUUUUAAUGUGUAUAUUAGACAUUUGUAUGUACACUCGGAUAUUGUGAUUUGUACAGCCUACAUUGGGGUAAGGAAGUGGGUGUCCAUUAGCCCUAUUUCUUUUACUAACUCGAGUAUUUCUAGAGUUCUUGAGCCACAUGUAUUUCUGUAUUUAAAGACUUGCUUGCAGACUUUCAGGUAACCAGACCCAUCUCAAAAAACCAAGAAAAGGCUUUAGCAUGGAAUAUCUUUUUGAGCUGGUGAGUUGCAAAUAGAAGGCAAGGGGAAGUCUAUCAUCAACCCAGGACAUUCCCACGUGGUCACAGGUUAGACCAUGCCACAAGGUUGGCUGCCAGACCCAGGUCUGGCUGUCCCUCUUCUCUGGCUAGUCCCUGGUUAUUGUUUUACAGGCUUGUACCUGGGUGUCAUACCCAAGCUCUCACUAUAUUAUCAAGCCUAAAACUGUAAAACUGGAGGUUUUAUUAGUAGUUUUUUUAAAUAUAUAUAUAUAAAAAAAAGUUAUUACAUAUUUGCUGAGUAGUUUCUUAAGAAUUUUCUAAAAUGCCAACUAUGGUGGGAUAUCCAAAUUAAUUUCAGGCUACUCACAUAAGUAUAUAACAAAAUGUAAAUAACUAAAAAAAAGAAAAAAAACUGAAGUCUACCAAAAGAGCCUGGGGGGAGGCGGUUAUUAAAGAGUACUGUCGUGCCCUCCACCUCACCCUGUGUCAGCCCAGGGGUCAGGCUGAUUUCCCUGGCAAGUGUUGCUUCAGUGACAUGCAGGAAGGCAGCCUGACCCAUCAUUUGCAAAGAAUUUUCCCAUCAUUUCUGGGGUUGUGUUUUACCUAAGAGCUGAGCUUCUUUCAGUUUUCAUGUUUGGUUUCGGCUUAUACGUUUUACUCCAAACAGAACAGUCUGUUUUCCGGCAUCUAGUCAGCCGGACACUGGAGCCCCGUCCUUACUGGCACUUGCUAACUUGAAGCACUGCUGUACCCUCCGACCUGUUCGAGGCAGAGGCUGUCCUGCUCAGUGUAGUCUGUCUUGGAAACUGGUAACCCGAUGUGUGGGAUUCAGUAACUCUGCUAACCAGGACAUUGUCAUCUGACCAAGUCCAACCGGAGCAUGCAUCAUAUUGGAUGUGAUGUGAACCCUUGAGUCAGGUUCCGUGGAGGGGAUCCUUUCUCCUGGGGCAGGAGUAUUUACUUGGGAAGGUACUUUCUUUUUGGUAGACGUUGGCCAUGGGUUUUUGGCGGAAGAUUUGGUCAGGGGUUUAUCAGGUCCAUCCUUGGCCUCUGAGCACCAUCUUCAUUCAGAUCUGAGUGGCUUUCUGAGUUAACACCACUUAUCAGUGGGACUGUAGGGGGCAAGUGAACAACUCGUGCUGUUAACUCCUGUUGAAUCACUUUAUAUUUCCGUAAUCCUGAGUUGUGUACAUAGAUAGCUUUCUAGCCCUCAGGUCCUCGUAUUGCUUUUAAAAUAGGGUUUGAAACAUGUCACAGGAAGGUUGCUCUCCAAAAAUACACAGUGCAGUGCAAAGAACGCUAGCUCAGUAGCCUGUCCUCUCUUGGCUAUGAGUUGCCUAAGUGCCCACUUCACGUAUAUGUUCAAACCUGUAUGUAUUUAUUGUUUAAAAAAGCAAGGCGUCUCUAGUUAUUAAUCCUAAAGCCAUCCCACUUGUACCAUUCCUCGUGGCCCUCACUGCCCAGCUCGAGUAGCGAGCCCCAGGCUCUGUGACGUCCGCGCUGCUCUCCAGGACGUUAACUACGCGUUCCGGUCUAGAAUCAAUGUGCAGGACGCGUACAGCACACGGUAUGACCAAAGAUGAUCCUCUCUGAUCAAGGCCCCUGUGACCUAUCUCAGUGUACAUAAUGGUAAGUGCAAUGGGGAAUGGUGUGCAUUUACUGAAGAAAACAGUGUCUUUAUUUGUUUAGGGUUAGCCUCACAGCUAUUAAAGCACAGGUCACAACAGCCCGGUUGAAUUUUCAGGCUGCAUGAGUGUAGCUUAGGAGUAGCUCUGGUAUAUAUCCUAUUGCAGAAUAUCUUACAUUGCCAAGAAAAUAACUAACUCCUAGAAAUGUAUUCUCUCACUCCCCGGUCUUAUUUCCCUUUAUAUUCUUGAAACACAGUAGUAACGACCAUAGCUUUCUGCUAUGUCUAGGUAUCAGAUCAUGGUAUUGGGGGUGGGCUGAGUAAAAAGUCACACCAAAGCUUAUACGAAGUCUUUGGAAAUCUGGCGGUAUGUGGUCAUCUUGUACAUUUCAGCAAAGCACCUACUAGGAAACCUCCUAGGCAGUUUUAGUGGUUUAUAUUCUAGUGUUUUUUCUGAAAUGUGCAAUCUACUGUAUAGUAUUUGCCACAUAUUUGUACAUAGAUGUAUUCCGAAUUUGUGGAAUUUCUUGCUCAGAUACUAUUUGUGUUUGUUUUCUAUGAAUAUUUUUGUAAUACUGAAGAGCUUAUUUAAAUUUCCUGUUGAAAAGCUGCAUGGUUCUUUGACCCCCAUCACUGGCACUUUCUGGUUUCUAAGUGCAGUUCACCAACAGUGGCAAAGACAACCUGGGGUUGGCCCCAAACUGCUGCCUGUCAAAGGCAAAGUCAUGGUCAUAAGACAGUGCCACUGAGCUGUGUGGCAGGCGACAGUCAGUGAUGCCUCAAGCGUGCCAGCCCCUUUGUCACCACAGCUGACUCAGGCUUUGUCUGCCCUCACUCAGACCCUUUCAGGCUCCGCAGACUGAAACCCGGCCCCAACAGCUGACAAGACAGCAGUCCCCACCAUGGUAGGAUGGCCCCUUUACUGACCUCAAACGGACUUGGCCUUGGAAAAGGGGUGAAGCACUUUGGCAGGCUUGCACAUGUUUUCAGGAGCCCCCAGUGGAGUGGCCGCCUUGUCGUCAGCCUCCCAGAAGCCCCGGGCAUCAGGAAGGUAGGGGCCUCCAGGCACCACUGGGGACUUUCUAGGGAAAUUCAGAGAGAAUUGCUAAUCCAGGUCUACCAGCAGAGCAGCACAGGUCAGUUUAACCAAAUUCACAAAUAACCCUCCAUUUUUUGCUGUCUGCCCCUGCAAACAUGAAAGCUGGAUAUCGGCAACAGAGCAGAAUACUGCGCACAAAUUGUCCUGCUGCCCUGGAGGCCAGCCACACGUUGAGCCCAAAAUUGUCAGAGAACAUUAACUGGAAGGUCAGUUUUAUCAAUAAACACAGCUUAAGAGUAAGUAAAUGUGUAUUUGGAGAGCAUCCUAACUGCGUUUCAGCUAAUCGUUUAAGUGAUUUCAGUCAAAACUGGAAAAUAACAAUUAAGGUGUAGACAUUUUUUCCUGGCUCAAGCCUUCAAUAACUUGUUCAUUUGACAGUCUUUCUGGGCUGGGUGGUAAUCAGCAGGUUCAUGUUUUUCGUUUUUGUUUUUUCCCCCCACUUCACCUUUUCUUGCAGUAUCUGAGGAAAUGUAUCAUUGCAGGGGAUUUCUUCCUAAAAUCUUUCGUUUGAGGCCUGUAAUUCAAAAAGCUGCACACGUUUACAAAAGAGCUCUUAUCAGAACUCCGCUCUGUGACUCAUUAUUGGAAAAUGUCACAAUUUUGUGACAACAAGUGGCAAUCUCAGAUCUACACGGUGCUGUCUGCAGUCCAAUAAAACACGUUAUUGGAGAUAUCAACAUAGCUGUAGUGUUCAACAGAGCUUUAUGCCAACUCCUGAGAUAAGGCUUUGACAACGUUUAUAGAGUCACUGAAACUCCCAACAGCUAUUACCUCUCUACGUUACGCUGUAAGUACACUUGCUGAUUUGGUAGGAGGAGGAGGAAGUGUUUAGGGAAGGGUUGAGUAUCCACCAAAAGUACUGAACAUCAAGUAACCAAUACUAACGCAAACUUCGCUUUAAAGGAACCAAAGGCAUUGCCAAGUAUUUGCCAAAAGGAGGCACUUUUUAUUUAAAAGUUGAGACAGAUGAGAUCUCAAAAAUCAGUCCCAAAAAGGUAUUAUCCACUUACGGUUAUAAUUUUCACCAAGGUGUAGAUAUUUCUCUAUUAUUUUCAUGUAAAAUAGUAUAGAUUCGUUUUGUUGGUUUAAGGAUAAUUCAUAGUUAGUAGUAUUACAACUUUUUUUUUUCCUUCCUAGAAAUUAGUUUCCUCCUUUUCUUGCUUGCAGUAGACAUGCUUAACGUGAUCGGUGUUUCUCUUCUUAUUUUCAUUGUCAGAUUAUGUCUUAGCAUCUCACCUUAUGAAAAAAAGGAGAAAGAUACCAAUCCACAGAGCCCUCCUCGUUGACGCACUAGUUUAGUAAACAAAAAAUUAUGGCAAUCGGGGGUCCAUUCUUGUAUUGCCUUUAUGUUGUUUUUUAAAAAAGAAAAACCAUGAUGCCUUUGUAUUUGCUGUUUGCACCCCUGAGAUCAAUUCCAUAUCAUGUUUGAAAUGCCAUACAUUUUGCACAUGUACUGUACAUAGGUAAUGCAUAUGUAUUUUUAUAUGUGUGCCCAUUUAUCAUCAGAUCUUUUGUACAUAGUGGCAGUAUCAUAGCUGAUCGGGAAAUGUUUGAUAUCUCAGCAAUUUUGCAUUUUUGUGUCUCAAAUAAAAAAACAUUUUGACGUACUAUGAUUCUUGCUAUGCAGAGCCUUUGUAGAUUGGGGGGUAGAGGUUUAAGGCAGAGGCACCACCUUUAGAAUGACCACUCACAGCAGAGAGCCCCCAGACAGACGAGCUCACCGAGGCGGGGCUUUGUAAAUCACACAGAAAGUGAAGAAACUUCCCCAAGUCCAGGACCAUGACAUACAAAAUAGAAACCCAUAGGUACCAGGUGAACUUGAAUACACCAAAAUGAGAAUUCUCAUCUCCCAUGCAGGAGACCUGUUCAGUUCCUGGCCAAUACGCCUCCUGCGCAGCCACCCUCUUUCUGUCAGUGGAUGUUGCUGUGAUGCUGAACAGGUUUCAGCGGAGUUUCCACACUAAGACAGACUAGGAAGAAAGGGCUGGUGAUCUACUUCCAAAAGUCAGCCAGUGAAAACCCUGUGAAGCACAACGGCCGGUGGGUUUUGUUUGGUUUUGCUCCUUGCAAUAUUAAAUGUUCCUCCUUGCUUUGGAAAAACAGAAUGGUAAUGAGUGAACUUGACUGACAGCCAUAACUUUUAUAUCAACAUCUGAUUAAGAAGAUGGGCAAAGUCCAGCUUCCACACACAGACCUGGGUCUCCCUGCUGCCCCGGCUCCCCAGAGCUGGACGCAGGCGAGUUGCAGCAUCCUCAGACCAUGGCCUGCUGUUGCCCUUGGGGCCAGGACCAGAAAACAACUGCCUUCUCAGGAAGGGAAGGCAAAGGCUGAAGGGAAAGGCCUUUUACAAAUGGCACCAAUAAACUGCCCUGGAAGGAGCAUAACCAAACAAACCCAGAGCCAGGCUCUCAACCACUGCGCCACCAGGGCUGCAGAAGGAACAUAGGUAGGGGGAGGAGGAAGAUGAGCAAAGCAUGAACCACAAAAAAGGGAAAAGAACAAUAAUUGAUUACCUAAAUACAACAAAGUGUUCAUUAUCUAUGGCAUUUAGGGAGCAGGAAAGCAGCCUCAACAGAUAAUAAAAGUAGAUGAAGAUUCAGAAAAGGCUAAAAUAUACGUAAUGCAUCACGUUAGCAGACAUAGAUCUGUCCUCAGGAGAGAAAAUGUGGACAUGAACUACCCAUGUGAGAGAAAAUGACAUCAAAGGGAGCAUAUAACAUGCUUCAGGAGUUCAGAGGAGCGGGCAAGGGGUAUAGCAGGUGGCUUUAGGGAAGGUGUCAUGAAAGAGGUGGUGUUUGAACAUGGAAAGGACCUUCUAAGCAGAGAAAACCACUUGGGCAAGGUCAGAGUUAAUUGGAGAAGUUUUUUUUUUUUUUGCAAUGACUUUUUUUUUAAUGAUUUUUAUUGUGCUUUAAGUGAAAGUUUACAAAUCAAGUCAGUCUCUCUCACAAAAACCCAUAGACACCUUGCUACACACUCCCAAUUACUCUCCCCCUAAUGAGACAGCCUGCUCUCUCCAUCCGCUCUCUCUUUUCAUGUCCUUUUCACCAGCUUCUAACCCCCUCUACCCUCUCAUCUCCCCUCCAGGCAGGAGAUGCCCACAUAGUCUCAAAUGUCCACCUGAUCCAAGAAGCUCAUUCCUCACCAGCAUCCCUCUCCUACCCAUUGUCCAGUCCAAUCCGUGUCUGAAGAGUUGGCUUCGGGAAUGGUUCCUGUCCUGGGGCAGCAGAAGGUCUGGGGGCCAUGACCACCAGGGUCCUUCCAGUCUCAUACCAUUAAGUCUGGUCUUUUUAUGAGAAUUUGGGGUCUGCAUCCCACUGCUCUCCUGCUCCCUCAGGGAUUCUCUGUUGUGUUCCCUGUCAGGGAAAUUUUGAUUAAGUUUUUUUUAUGUGCUAGGCAAAGGAGUCCCUGGGUGGUACACACAGUCAGGCACUCUACUACUAACAGAAAGUUCGGUGGGUUGAAUCCACCCAGACAUACCUCAGAAGAAAGGCCUGGUGAUCCACUUUCCAAAGACCACAGUAUUGAAAAUACUAUGGAGCACAGUUCUACUCUGACACACAUGGAGUUGCUUUAAGUUGGAAUUGACUUGAUGACAACUGGUUUGGGUUUUUUGGUUGGUUGGUUGGUGGAUGGGUAGGUUAGUGGGUUGUUUUGACUGCUUGGCUAGUUUUUCUUAUGUCCUAGGCAACAGGCUGGGUGCUGGAUCCUGGCUGCAGGGCAGUCUUCACGAAGGGAGUGGUAAGAAAAAAAUCUGGAAUAAUAGAGGCCUGCAAGGCUCUCCAGGCCAAGGACCAAAGACAUAAGGGCCUAGGAAACCGGUUGAUGGUAGUGCCUCAGUGUACUCCUACUGCUGUUGCACUUGUCAAAAGCACCCAAACUCCAAACAAUUCAAACACUGGCAUUGUCGUGCUCAAAGCUGAAGUUUGAUUGGUGGCAAGAAGAGGUGUGGCUUUUGUUUAUGUUGAUAGUUAAAAAUUCAGUGCUUCCUGUCUAAGAUUCAAAUGUAGACCUUUGAGAGCUUUGAUGUGUUUUCUCACUCUUACCUGCAUGUAGUCCAGGUCAUGCUACUUAGAAUCACAAGCAAAGAUUAUCUACAAAUGAAGUUCUGUAGACAAAUAGGUCAGUUACAGUGGUUUUGUUACAGUACUUUCUUAACCACUAGAAAAGGUCUACAAAGAAAAAAACCAUGAGCCUUACUUUCUUAAAUUGUGUCUAUUAAGAAACCUGGAAAAUUGACCAGGACAUCAAAUUCACUCUGUAGCUAUAUAGAAACUACAGUAUUACUAGUUGCCAUCCAGUCGGCUCUGACUCUUGGUGACCUAUGUAUAACAGAACAAAAUAUCACAAUACCAAUAUACAAAAUUAAUUCAAAAUGGAUCAUACACCUAAGUAUAAAAUCUAAAACUUCUAGAGGAAAACAGAAGAGAAAGUCUUUGUGAGUUUAGGUUAGACAAUGAUUUCUUAGGUACAACACCAAAAGCAUGAUCCAUAAAAAAAUACUAUAAAUGGAAUUUUAUCAAAGUUUAAAGCUUCCCCUCUUCCAAGGACAUUGUUAAGGGAAUAAAAAAGUGAAGCCAUGGACUGGAAGAAAAUAUUGGAAAUCAUAUAUCUGAUAAAGGACUUAUAUCUAGAAUACAUAAAGAGCUCUCAAAACUCAGUAAGAGAACAAACAACACAAUGAAAAAAAAAAAAAGAUUUGAACUGACAUUUCACCAAAGAA